GCUAUAGCAAUUAGACACACCAGAAGAAUCCAAAUAUGGAACUUCUGCUGCUGUUUCCGCAGCCAACGGCUACUCCUCUUGUGCGCCUAAUGCCAUGUCUGUUUCACGCUUCCAAGAGAAAGAGAUAUCGUGUAUUUAGUGCGCUCGAGAAGGAAGAAGAUGACUUGUACUUCCAAGCGGCUAUGGAGCGCGCUUCUCUCCGUUUCCGGGAGACCCUUCGCCCAGAUCCUCUGUUCAUAGAUCCAUACAUCAGAUGCCUUCUUCCACCUGAUAUUCAAAUGGAUGUGAAUCAAGAUUUGCACGAACACUGCCUUGCAACCAAAUUCAUUGAUGAUAAAUUGCUCGGUACAGUACAGAACAAUGAUGGGCUUAGGCAGGUUGUUCUUUUGACGGAUGGCAUGGACACUCGACCAUACCGGCUUAAUUGGCCAGCUUCAACCAUAUUAUUCGAUGUAUCUCCUGAUAGAAUAUUUAGAAGAUCAAUCAAGAAGCUUGAAGAGGUUGGUGCUAAGAUUCCAAGAAGUUGCUUGUUCAUUCAUGUCCCAUAUGAAACCUCUGAUAUUCAACAACUUUUACGCAACAAAGGGUUUAAUGGUGCCAGACCUAGUCUUUGGGUCUUCCAGGGGCUUCCAAUAAUGACUUUGGCUAAUUUCAAAGAUAUCUUGGGUGCCGUCAGUAAUUUAGCCAUGAAGGGAUGUCUUUUCUUUGGAGAACUACCUAGUUGGUUGGUAGAAACUGAAAUCGGGGUCAAGUCCACAAGAAUGGAAUGGAUGGACAAGCUUUUCGUGAGUCACGGUCUAAAGGUGAAGAUGAUCAAGUAUGAUGAAGUAGCUAGAAAUCUCGAGAAAGAAUCAGCAGCUGGUGACCACAAAAAUAUUCAUUUCGUGGCCGAACAGCUGCAGUUUUCUGAUGAUCAGAUGGAAAUAUGGAGAAGAGAGUUCCAGAGGAUAGAAGAAGAAGGAGAUGAAGAAGGCUUUGAGGAGCUCUGAGUUUGAUAUUUCAAAUGUAUUUCCUGUUUGGCAAUCUGCACACCCACAACCUAUGUAAUUGGUGAAGAAAAUCAACCUCUGUGUGUGUGUGUGUGUGUAAUUUGUAUUGGAAAUAGACAACGAUUUCUACUAAACUUCCUAUGUCUUUUUUCUGAAUAA